CGAGCCGUCGUGUAAAGAAAAUGUGUCUCCUCGCCUCAUUAUGCAGCCAUCGACGUCGAUACGUUGCCUUGCACACUGAGCUACUGAUAAUACCAUGUUGUGGACGACACAAUCAAGCACCACCAGCAUUGAAUCCUAGGCCAUGAUCUUUGAUAUUUUUACGGGCGUACCACUGCCAGUGAAAUAAGUUCUUCACGAUGUUGAACCACCUCAUCUUCAGAACCACUUGAAAUAACCCUUCACCAUCAGAACUUCAAGAGACUACAACAUGGGUGCCUGUUGUCCUGGAGAGACGGUAGGUGGCUUUUUUGGAGGCGACGGUUCUGGACCCCUUUGGAAUGAAGUCCUGUACGGAUCUGACCCAGCUCUAUGUCUCCACAGCUCAGCCGCCAGAGCUAGGGUUUAUCUGAAACCGAAGCAAUGUCCACCACUGUUAAGGAGGUUUUUUGGAGCCCUCACUGCUCCGUCAUCAGGGAGAAACACUAAUGGAGGUAAAAAUGGGAAUGAUCCAUUUCACGACAGUAAGACGAGUCUAGGAGACGACCAAAGCAAGCAGUAUCUGGUGAAUCUGAACUACGUUCCUAUUGCCGGAGAUUGGAAAGUGAAGGAUGCUGGCGCUUGGAUGCUCAGAUGCGAUUUUCUAACAGUGGAAGGAGUAGCAAGUCCGGAACACAUGGACGAGGCUAAAAUGAACGCGGCGGCGGCUGAGGACGAAGAGCUGACAGGACUGCUCACCGAGACUCUUCUCCACGAAUUACAACACCACAUCGAGGAGAACUUCAUCCACAAGAUGACAGAGGAAAAGGAGGCGGUGAAGAAGCGGGAACUCGACCUCAUCGCAAUGCGAGCAUUAAAUUAAGGGUAGGUUAAAGGUGCUUUUCUUACCGCUUUUUAUGCCUCUUCUAAGGGAGAAAGGCAUAACAAGCGGGGUAAGCGAGCACCAAAAACCUACCUCUAAUUAAAUGAUGCUAGAAGUGCGAAGAGAAAAAGUGCCGCGAAGUUGAGGGGAUCCAAAGCAAAAGGCUUUGCGUUGCCGGCAAGUGGAUUCGACAGCGUAGCUGGUGAUGGGGAGACUCAUGUUAUGAAACCAUGGACGAUACGGAAUUCUUUCUGCUAGUUAUUUGUACAACUUGUUGUUGUUCUUGUUGUAGAUUGAUUCAUGGAUUUUGAUCCAAAAAAGAUAGCAGUACUAGCCCCCUUCACGUACUUACUAUUUCCAUCUGCAGCACAGAAACUACUCUUACUGUAUACCCAACCUUCUUCCCCUUUCAGAUUCCAGCUCACAUCCAAAGAGCAAGACCGGCUACACGAACUGCUAGAUGCUCUUGCACUCGACCUCACUGAGGAUGAGAUCAGAGAACGGUGCCGAGUUACUUGGGCGAUUGGGCCGUUGCCUUUCGUGAACCAUGAGACCAUUCAGCAGGUUUUGCUAGAAACGAGACCUCUCGUCUUGCGUGGCCUGAUCUACUUCAAGCGCACUUCCAAGAAGAACAAAGACUACGAGAAGUUUUUAGGCGACGAACAGGAAGUAGUAGUCACUUUUGUGGAGCACAAAGCCGAAGCAUCAGAAGUAACGGACAUCUUGUGCGAGCUGAUCGAGGGCGGCAGCAACAAUGGAGACACCAGAACGACUCGGAAGAAAAAGGGGUCUUCUGGUUCCGAUGGUCUAGCUCGGGACGAAGAAGAUGAGGGGAUUGCCGCGAAGCUGCCUCUCAUUAAGGGUCGCCACAUUGCAUUCUUCACAACUACCAUCCUUCACGCAUUUUCCACUGCUCUAGUAGGAAAAGGGUGGUUGAGGAUGCUGGAUGAUCUGAGGAAUGCAAUAGCCGCGUAGCCUCUAAUCUCACGGAAUACGAUUCCGCUUGUUUGUCGUUUGAAUUUCACUUAGUGGACUUCUUUUUCGAAGCCACCAUCUACUUCAUGGGCCGUUAUUCGCCACAUCUCUGUCCUUUUGGGCAUGUGUUUUACGAAGGCAAACUCGCAUUAGCACCUUACGGACGAGCGUCGCAAAUUUUAGAAGAGCAGCAGAAGAUUGGCUGUACGCUUGGUUCGGUGUUAAGUGGGAUGUUGCACACACAAACGGCUCUUUGUCGAUUGGUUCUGACGGAUUUUGGGUGGGCGUUGCAAUGCCGUCCGAGGGAGACUGAGCCCUGGCGUGUGAGAGCUUCGCAAGCGGAUACGACAGGUGAUGAUGGCAACGGUAAUGGUAAUGGAAGUAAAAAUGGUGCAAACGGCAACGGAGGAAAUGGUUCUAGUCGUGGUUCACCGAGAAAAGGAGAAAAUGGUAGUGGAGACCAAGCUGCAGGUACCGCUGACCAGGCGGUGGUGGAUCCUUUUCCACUCUCAAGCAUCAUCUUUUGGCCAUUGUUGUUUUUCCCUGAAGUAUCACGUGCCGAACAGCAACGAAUCGAUGAAGCUGGGGAAAAGCUCAAAGCUGCUCAACAAGCUCUAGCACAGAACAGUAAUAAUCCACAGGAAGGCCGCGGUGUAGAGUCUCUGGAGAACGGUAGUAAAGAAGGAGAUGGAAAUACUAGUGUUCUUUCUGUUUCAUCACCCAUGACUGGAUCGCCUUUAGCACGAUCGCCGUCGCAUGCAUCCUUACCCGUUGGAAAUGGUUUUUCAUCAGCAGGACCAGCAUCUCCUCAACCAAAUCCCGCACAACAGUCUCCUGGAGCCUCGGGAUCUGCGAGCAAUCCUAAGGAUUAUGGUCAAUAUUUAUACAUAGUGUCCAUCUCUCUCGGCAUCAUCUUGGUACUACCCUUUUGCAGCCGUCUUCUAUUCGCUUGAAAUACAAGGCAUAAGGGGCCAAGAUGGGGGGACCGAGAUGCAUUGUGGCACACGCUAAAAGGAUAAGGAUAAGACGGAUGGAGCUUCUGGUGGACAACCCACUUCUACCGGAGACGAUGCAACAUCAGGAGCUAACGACUCCAAGAACAAGGAUGCUGAGGAUAAGGAUAAAGCUGCGAUCAAGCUGAUUCCAUCACCAAUGUUUGACACGGGACAUUACCCGACACCUUUGUAUGGGGGAAACGUUCAAGAAUUGCGGAAAAGGAGUGGACCGGAGACGGAAGAAGAAUUAUGGUAUAAUGUUCUGUAGAUUAGAUUAUACCUGGAUAGCGUGCCGUGUAUAUCCGAACCCUUUGAGGUUGAAAACUUAUAACCCGUUAGGUGGUUGAAUACUGCCGUCUUUUGACUUCGAGACUAAGUCAGGGUGGAGCACAUGAAUAGCCCAUGAUCUGCACUUACCUGGAAGAUAGCUGCCCUUCUUUUGCUUCUUGGACCAUAGCUGCUCCCCAUUUUCUUCUAACCCUAGCAAACGCGAUAGCUAGGCACUUGCUUUGGCAGGAUGGGAAAGGGAACGACGCUGGCAGCAUAUUGUCGAGAGCAACGUCUAGAGAAAGUGGCCUUCUUAUGCAUGGAGUUUGUGCUAGAAUCGCAUAGCUAUCAAGAAGUAGUUGAGGAUGUAGUAGAAGUUCUUCAAGAUCGUGGUGACACUUCUGGUUUCCCUUCUCUAACUUCAUAGCUGAGUCACUACCAGAUGGAGAGGUGGAACUACCAGAUGGAGGAGAGCAUCAAGACCCCAACAAUGCUGAAGGCAAUGCGACGACAACAGAUGCAGAUGUUGUAGUCGACCCUGAUGUUGUACUGCAAGAAGCAACUCUUCGUGAACAGGGUUGGAUUCCUAAUGUGGUGCGAGGACCACACGGGAUCACACUCUCUCAGUCUGGCAUUCGAGGAAGUGUGGACAAUCGGCUGGUUUCCUUUAUUGCGCAAGCGUCCGACAUCGAAGGUGACGCUAGUCUUGCAAGCUGUUGUGUGCCUUUGCAUCAAUUGCAGGUGGUGACCAAAGUCCAGCACAGUACGAAGGAUCAAGUUCGUGUGGAUUUUCAAAUUUUGAAUGUAGAAACGGGCGCAUUGGAUUUGUUGACUUUUGAAGUUAAGGGUUUCCGAAUUACAUCCCUCACUACCAUCCUUGGCUCCUUUUCAAGGGGAAAAUAGGCCAAGGACGUUCUGAAGAAUGCAACUCCGCAACCUCUAAUGAAGGAGGUGCGCAGCGGAACCCUUGCUCUACUACUGAUACUACAACUAGUGGGAAGAGGACAGGAGAAAUAAAUGCCGAAGAAGAUGCUGAGGCAAAAGAAGGCGAAGAAGGUGGAAAGGACGGUGAAACGGCUGCUGCGGAAGGAGGCGGAGGCGAAGGCGCUAAACAUGCUGGAGACCCUAAUGCGAAACAAUACAUCAAAGCAGACGUAGUUACUAGAACUACCUCUAAGGAUCAAGCUGGAGGUACUAGUUCGUCACCUCUAGGUGGAGCGGGAGAAAGCCCUACAGCUAGUAGUAAAGCAGCAGCUCGUGUUGUAGUAGAAUCACCGGUAGCAGUCCCUGGCUCACCUCGUGCGGCGAAAUUGACCGCGAUGCUGUCUUUGAUGAAAGUGAAGCAGAGUCAAGGUACGAACAGUCGCGCAUCUUUGUCUGCAGCGCGCGAUGAGCGUCUGGGUACCAUGAAUCAAGUGGCGUCGGCAAACAAAGCCUCAUUCUUGGUGAAGAAGCUAAUGGCGAUUAGAGAAAGAAAAGAAGACCUCCAGGCUGCCGAAGACAAUGAGACAGAGAAACGAGAACGAGCGAAAAAAAUGCUGUUGUCACGUGUGCGAGGGAUCAAGAACAGCGUCUCAUUGUUGGAAACGUUCAAGAAGGACAAGGAAACAAGUCCUGGAGGUGGAGAAGAUGGUACAACUGGUGAAGGUGGCAUCCCCAUGAUUCCCGAUAUGGAGGACAAUGUGUACAAGCAAAAGAUGAGGCGCAUGAGUGAUGCCGAUUUGCUAGCAGAGGGGACAAGCUCAUCUGAGGAGCGAGAACGUGUCGGACGUGAGAUGUUAAACGAACAAGAUCUCACUGGUACUGGCGUCGAAGAGGGUACUAUGGAUACUCCAGUUGCAUCUUCAAGGAAUCCUUAUUUUUCGUCCACCUUACAACCAGCGCAGCCGCGUCGAGUGUCCAGUACUGCUUCGUCUAUUAUUGGGCAGGAUCAUGAUGCACAAGGACAAGUAGAGGUCGAAGAAGACGACUCCGCCUCUCCAGUCGAGCAUGACGACGAUGAACCAGGACACCUUCAACGCAGACAAAUAGAACACCUAGAACGCAACGCUGCUAGGGCAAAACGACGGGAGGAGAGGAAAAAACAGAGAUAUGAGGAAAAGCGCUUGGAGAUGGAAAGGGAUUUGAAGAUUGCUUUUCGAAGGCGAAAGCGCAGGGUGAAAGACAAAGAAAUGGAGUUCAAGAAGAACGCGGAGGCCGUAAAAGCAGCCUUUGCAGCCAUGGCUAAGGAGGACCGGGACAGAGUGGUGCGUGAGUUCGAGCAGGAAGAAAAAGCGAGGGUAGAAGCGGAGAAAAAGCGGAAAGCGGAGGAGGAGAGGAUGGCUGCGAAGAUUGAGUUAUGAUGCUGUUAAAGCGGUAUUUUCUUUUUCAGGACGACUACGUACUAAGUACUCGAAAACUGAAUCUGAAAAUAGCCGAGUUACUGACUGAGAUAAGGGAGGUAGCUUUGACAGGGCUACUCUUCCUUGUUCAGUAUCUCGCUUAUUUUCAGUAGUUACUACUCGCUUAUUUCAGUUUUUCGAAUACUUUAUCGUUUGAUGUAUCUUCAAUGUGGCUAGGUCCACCACUGCUAACCACUGAUUAUCCUUAGAUGAGAGUACUAUAAUACAGGAGUGUGUGGUCAUUUUUGACGUAUAAGUACUUCUUCUAAGCCUCGAAGAGAAACUUACCGGCGUUUCACGACACGAUGCCGAAGCACCCCCUGCGAAUAUGACUUUUGCCGGAAAAACUCUAGCGAGUUUCUUUAGCCCAAAUCGCAAGAAUAAAGCAGGCUCACCUGGUGGAGGUGGAGGAAUUCUGAAAGCGGUAAAAUUAAGGGUUACAACCACAUUGCAUUCUUCAGUACCAUCCUUGACUUUUUUUCCAGUAGGAAAAGGGUCACCAGGGAUGGUCUGAAGAAUGCAAUGCCGCAACCUCUAAGAAUAGGAAACAGAGCGAUAGGCAUGUUCUCGCCGAAAUCAAAGGCCGCCGCGUCUACUGUUGGUGAGGGACCAGAAGAGGAAAAAGCAGCAUCCGCCGCCCCCAAGCGUCCAUCGGCUCAGUCGGUCGCCGCAGUAGAAUCGCCAGAAAUGUUAAGGCCUUAGACUUAUUAUAUUAGAGUAGUUUAUAGACGCUGGGCACGCUGGGCUACGCUGGGUGGCUGGGCGGCCUCGCUGGGCACGCUGGGCGGCAACACGAGGCACACUGGGCGGCAACGCUGGGCACGCUGGGCGGGCGCUUGGAUAGCGCUUCGCGGACUUGAGGGCCACACAUUGGGCAUGCCGAGCCUGCGCGGCCGAUGGAUUUACUUGCGCCGCGGGGACGCGGUGCAGCGCGUCCCGUGAGGACAAACAAAGGCGGCGCGCCGCCCUCAAGGUUCAGGGCAGCGCUGGCGCAGUGCUGCGCCAGUUUGCGCAGUAGCGGGGUGCGCGGCGCCUGCUCUGUUCAGGCUUGCACUGCGUCGCGCUGCACUGCGCUGCCCGAUGCGUGCGAUGCUGCGCCGCUCUUGCGUCACGCUGGGCGCAAAAUUCGGCAGAUCUGGCGCAUUUGGGUCGCCCAGCGACCCAGUGUGCCCAGCGUGCCCAGCCCAGCCAUGUUGGGAACCCUUAUAAACUGUUCUAUUAUAUAUAAUCCAUGUUUUAGAAGUCGUCCAUCUGUACUAGUAUUAGUCCAUGAUCUGUGCGCUGUUUUCAAGGAGAAAGGUGGAAGCAGGUGAGGGAAAAGAUGGAUUGGAGUGAGUUCUAAAAAUCAUUCAGAAGAGAGAAAGACUAGAGGAUGAAGAGCGGCAAAAUCGCAUUGCAGAACAGCAGGACAACGCCAAGCGAGAGGAUCUUUUUAGUCGGAUGCUGGAGAAAGAAAGAAGUAAUGUGAUCCCGAGUGGGAGAAGAUAGUAGUGGAGGUCGGGAUCAUGGGGAUACUUCUAGGUGUCGUGGUGCGUGUAUUGUCAUCGAGGUGGAGGUCGUUGUGCUGUCAAAGUCAAUUAGCGUGAGGCUCUAAGACCCUCAACAUUGAUGAAUUUUAUCGUUUGAGUUUUGGAUUAGGAUUACUGCUUGAUGCUGAAGAUAAUGUCAUAUUUUUCCGAAGAUUCAAAUUCUGCAACAAGAUUGUAACCAGCUUUUUUUCGCAAGAGCACAGUCGUGUUCGUUUCAUCUAUUAUUGCCGGAAAAGUUCAAACUGUUCUACCUUGCAGAAGUGGCUUUCUACGGAUUUCCAGAGGAAGAGAGUAGAGGAGGAGACUGAUAGAGGAAAACUGAUACUCGCGAUGAUGUCAAGGCUUUCGUUUUAUUAGAUUUACCUCUCUAGGUGUGGGAGACGCGAGUCGUGGCUCUGAAGAUAGGGGUUGGCUAGCCUGGAUUAGAUGUACCUGUGUUAUAACUGAGGUGGAGACUGUGCGGUCAAAUAGAAGCUGAAGUAUAUCAUGAUCUGAGAACGCUAAAAAUGUUGAUCGUCCCUUUGAACUAGUAGUUUGAGUUAUUUUGCACUUCUUACCAAGGAGAAUGUCAUGAUCAUACCUGUUCUUAAUGAUGUCAUAUGACGGAUUCCGAAAGCGAAAUAUUGUUAAUACUUCUAGACUUAAUUUUAUGGCGGACUUAAAUAAUUAUUUUAUAGCAAAUAAUUAUUUUUCCAAAUCUUCACUUUUACCACUAGAUGCUAAAAUAAUUAUUUAACUCCGCCAUAAAUUUAUUCGCAAUCGCAGCACAGACUGCACGAAGUGAAAGAACCUAAUCUUCUUCCUGGGCUUAGAGAAGAGAACAACUAGACGAACAUCCUUCUUGAUCUAGAAGAGUUCACCUUGACCUUCUAUAGUAUGCAAUCACCAAGCUUCUGCGGGCUCCAAUGUCUCCCACUUUCAGACAGAGCCGAUGUGAG